AAGGCAUCUCUCUAGGCUGUGCACACACCGAGUGCCGAAGAAAAGCUCCCUCUGAUGAACCACCAAACAAAUCCCCCACAAAUAAACAAUUCAUAGUGGAGAGAGGAAGAAACGUCAGAACAUAUUCAGAGGAGAGAAACUUACAGCCAACCCCGAUUCCACACAGCAGCCUUCUUUAUGCAGUCUCAUACAGUAGUUUUAUUGUAACAUUACACACUUCUGAAUUGUCUCAUUAUUGAAGUUUCUUUCUCUCCGGCUGCCCCGCAGGCUGCGCCGCCGCUCUGCGCGUUCUUACAGGGUACUUGGAACACAGCUUCCCGCGCGCCCUCACGCUCGGAGGAGGAUACCCGUAAAUCACCUCUAUGAGGAAGGAGGAUUAUGGAUGCUAGUUUAAGCACUAUAAAGCUGUCCGAUGAGGAGCAUAUGAGACGUGUUAUGCUGAUGAUUAAUCGUGGACAAACCUGCUGCUGCACCUGCAAACUCCGCAAGUAAUCUGGUGUCCAGAAUUAGUGACGCUGACCCUUCACUUCGACAGACACAAACCCCCUCCUCUCCUCCCCAUCACACUCCCCUCUCCUCCUGCCUCACCUCCUCCUCCUCCUCCUCCCCCCUCUCCAUCCUCCUCAUAAAUCUAUUGGUUGUGGUCUCGGCUCCACCAUCCAAUGCUUUGCUGAUCAGACUGCAGUUGUAUUUCGGGGAAGUUGGCAGCCGGUGGCUCACGGCGAAAGGCUUUCCUCUCUGCUCUCUCUCCGGCGCUUGGACAGUGGAAUUAUGAGCAGAGCUGAUCCAGCCUCUAUCACCUUGUCUUGAAUCUGUUUCUGUUUCACACUGAGAGAAAUUGAACCGACCAUGGAGAUUGGAGUCCGCAUCCUCUUGGCUUUCCUCGUCCCCCAGGUUGCUCGUGUGGGUGGCCAAGAGGACGGAGACCAUGAAGGCUGUGUACCUGGCUUCCAGGUCAAACACUACCAGGUGGCGUACCGUGGACCGUUCCAGAAAGGCCAGGCACUUCUACGAGUUGAGUUUGACGACUGUGCGGGGAAUGAGGACGUGAAGUUUGAGGUAUCUGACCCCGGCUUCAAUGUGGACAGAGAUCUAAAUCUGGUUCCUCGGCAGGAAGUCCCUACCAGCAGGCCAGUCCUGCUCAUCCACGGGUUCAGUGCACAUGCAGAUGACAUGGCACAGGUGGAAGUCACUGGACUGCCAGGCCACUCGCCGCAUACUCUCAGGGAUAUCCUGAGUGCCAGCCAGACGCUGCCAAACAGAUCUAAGCGAUCCCUGCUGGUCCCUCCUGUGAUCAUCACUGAAAACCAGAGAGCCCCUUUCCCCAAAGUCAUUGGCAGGUCUCAUGUAAUUUCAACAGAGAAGCCAGGAAACCAUAUCUUUCGACUGACGGGCCCCGGAGCUGACCAGGAUCCCAAAGGUCUCUUCACCAUCGACGUAGACACAGGAGACGUGUCAGUCAGCCGCUCACUGGACCGGGAGGACAUUGACGCAUACCAGCUGGAAGUCUCAACCACAGACUUUGACGGGAACCUUGUCGAGGGACCUGCCAAACUUGUGAUCACUGUCAUCGACCAAAAUGACAACCGGCCUAUUUUCAAAGAGACGCGCUACACAGGAGAGGUGCUCGAGGGAUCUCCGAAUGGAACCAUAGUGAUGACGAUGACGGCGCUGGAUGCAGAUGACCCCGCCACUGACAACGCUGCUUUACGCUACAGCAUCGUCAGGCAGUCGCCAGACAAGCCAUCCUCUAACAUGUUCUACAUUGAUGAAGAAAGAGGCGACAUUGUCACCCACAUCUCCCCCGUGUUACUUGACAGAGAGACACUGCCGACCACAACAUAUGAAUUAGAGAUUGUGGCCAAGGACAUGUCAGGAAGAGAAGUGGGCCUGACCGGGACAGCAACAGCUACCAUUACCAUCACAGACAAAAACGACCAUGCCCCUGAGUUCACACAUCCUCUGUUUGAGGCAUACGUGUACGAGGGCUCAACGGGCGUGGUAGUGAACCUGACAGUAGACGACAGAGACGACCCAGCCACGGGGGCAUGGAGAGCAACCUACUCCAUAAUAAACGGAGAUCCAGCACAGAGCUUUGAGAUUCAAACCAACCCGGACAACAAUGAGGGAAUGCUCUCUGUUGUCAAGCCUCUGGACUACGAGGCCACGGCGUUCCACACACUGCUCAUCAAAGUGGAGAAUGAGGAUCCUCUGGUCCCAGAUGUUGGCUACGGUCUCAGCUCCACAGCGACAGUCCACGUCACGGUCGAAGACAUCAACGAGGGCCCUGUCUUCUUCCCGGAUCCGCUGAUAGUCACCAGGAUGGAAAACAUACCUGUGGGCAGCUUUGUGGCUGCACUCAAUGCUACUGAUCCAGACAUAUUACAGAUGCAGAGCAUCAGGUACGCUGUUCUGCGAGACCCAGCAGGCUGGCUGAGUGUGAACCCUGUCAGAGGAACUGUCAACACAUCGGCCUCUCUGGACCGCGAGUCUCCUUAUGUCCAUGACAACAAAUACACAGCUGUCUUUAUCGCCACAGACAACGGAAGCCCUCCAGCCACAGGGACCGGCUCAUUGGUUAUUUACCUGGAAGACUUCAAUGACAACGCCCCCUAUGUGGUGCCAUCGGUAGCACGAGUGUGCGAAGACGCCCAUGACAUGAAUGUGGCCAUUGUAGGAGGGCGGGACAAGGACCUGCCUCCCAACGCUGCACCCUUUAAGAUCGAGCUAGGGAAACAGCCCGGCCUUGAUAAAACAUGGAGGGUCACCAGGGUCAACUCCACACACUCCCAAAUCAUGCUUCUACACAGUCUGAAGAAAGCCAACUACCAGCUCCCGCUGCUCAUCACCGACUCAGGGGUUCCCCCUUUGUCUAACAGCACAGAGGUCAAAGUUCAGGUGUGUGUCUGUAAGAAGAACAAGAUGCACUGCAGCUCUGCCCACUCCCACCUCGCCAGCCUUCAUGUGCUGCUCGUGACACUCCUGCUCGGCCUACUCUGCCUGUAGAUUCUGCUGAAACCUCUCGUAGUCCUUUUUUGCAACACUGAAAAAGCAACGACUUAUCUCCCCCACGCAACCCAGGCUUAGGAGAGAAGAACACGACGAAAAAGAAGAUGAAGAAGCUUUCUCUCACCGAAAAAUCAAACAAGAAAACACACACAAUCCCCACAGGAAUAACUGCUGUACAACACCACUCUGCGUUUUUUUCUUCUCUUACUCCUGGCAUUCUUGUCUCCUUGUCUUCAUCUUUCCUUGUUUCAUCUGUCCUUCCCAAAUUCAGGUCAUCUCUUGUCCACAUGUUCCUCUCUUGGUAUUCAACUAUCUCUGACUUUAUAUCUCUCUCUUGACUGUCCUCUUUCUGCCCCUUGUUUUAUUCCAUUUCUUUGUAUGUUCAGUGUUUUCAGUUCAGGCUCUGCACCCUCACACUGGCAGACAAACUUCUGGUGUAAGCAGCAUUCAUGGCAACAUGCCACACCUGUAGGAGAUACUUGAAACAACAUGUAUAUCGAUAUUGUGACGAAACAAAAGCUAGAGAUCAAAUCCAUAUCGAACCUCACCGUAAUCCUCUGAUCUUCCCUCUCAGCUCUCUCUUCAUCAUUAUCUUUCUUUCUCUUUCUCCCCUCAUAGCUACCUCUACUCAUUUUAUUUCUUUUCUCCUUCAUCCUUCCUUCACCUGCCCACUACAUAUAAAUCCUCCAUCUCUCUAUCUGGCUCUCUGUCCCGUCUCCCCCUCUAUCUAUCGACCUCUCUUUGUCUCUGGGUGGGCCCUGGAACACUGCGAAGGCUGAGCUACUGUCCUGGUCGGGGCGCAUUGACUUUUCGAUGCGUUCCUUUCUUUCCUCGUCACAGACUGUGUUUGAUCUUGUUUCCCUCGUUCAGCGGAGAGAACAGAGCCUGUUUCGUUGUCUGCAGUGGUUGUGGUCUUUUAGGACAAGGUGGUAGCCAUAAGCCUUCAAAGUCAGAAACUCUCUGGAGUCCUUUCUUCGAUUUGCUUCUGUUUUUAUUGCAUUAGUUGUCAUGGAGUGGAAAACAGUAUAUCUUUAUAGUAACGGUGUGAACCUUUAAAAAAAAACUGAUAUAAAUAUUUUAUUUUUUACCAUUGUAUAAAUAUACAGUAUUGAUUAACUUAUGUACUUUGAUUGCAAGUUCUUUGGUCACCCACAAAGUGAGUAAAUAAAAAAGAGGAACUUUUUUUUCUGUGAGUUUUAGGCACUAUUUCUAAUGCUAUCGAUGUGUUGACUUUUACUGUAACAUCUUUUUUUAUGAUUUUUUUUAUUGUUUUUAAAUCUGUGACUGUCUACAGAAUCCAGAGUCUUGCUUUGAUGACCAUGUGCCAUGUGUUUAGGUUCUGUUUUAUCUCUUGUCAGUUCUGCCCCGAUACUGUUCUCUCUCCGUCAUUAAAGUCACAAAGAAGAUGUGUCAGAAGAAAUCAAAGAAUGUGGUCUUGGUGGGUAGUUUUGCUUUUUUCUCUUGCGCUCAUCAGAAGAAGGUAGUGUGUGUGGGUUCGUUCAAAAGACCACCGGAAAAAAAAAGAUGACAUUUUGAAUGAGUUAUGUCUGUCUUUUGCACUAAUUUAAUAAAGCCGUUACUGAAAAUUCC